AUGCAAGGCUUCGCUAAGUGGACAUGGGCGCUUGCCGCCAUGAUUGCUGGCCAAACCCUGGCCAGCCCCAUCUCAGUCCUUCCAGGACCUACCAAGGUCACCCCUGGAGGAGUUCAGGAUAUCAUAAUUACGAGCAAAAACACACUCAACAGCACCAGCAACGGCAGCUCCGGAAUCACCCAUGGCACUGAGGCCAGCAGCGGUGCCCUCACGGUGAAUGUUGUCAACAACCUCGCCGGGACAACUUCCGGGCAGGUAAACGCAUAUGUUAUUGGCAAGGUGGACAACGAAGUUGCCAUCUUGCAGGCUGACGGCUCAUGGUACUACCCGCCUGGUACAACCUCUGGUGUCCCUAUUACCAUCACCGAAGAUGUCUCCAUUCCCAUCGGUGCCGAGGGAACUACCACCACCCUCACAAUCCCAAGCUAUCUCAGCUCGGGCCGAGUGUACGUGGCCGAUGGUACUAUAACAUGGUACUAUGUCGACGAUGGCAGUGGUGGUCCUGGUCUUGUCGAGCCCUCCAGCAACAACCCAUCUGACCCCAAUGCUGAUGUCAACUGGGGCUUCUUCGAAUUUACCAACACGGAGGAGGGAGGCUUGUACGCCAACCUUAGCUACGUUGACUUCGUCGGCUUAGUCAUGGGCUUGUCUCUGACGACCACCGAUGGCGGUGUACAGACGACCCUUGGUCUUGCAAGUGACGCUGUCAAGACCAUCUGUGAAGCCCUCGUUAGCCAGACUGCUACCGAUGGCUACCCAUGGGCUAGUCUUUGCCAGACUGGCACCGACGGUAACUACAUCCGCGUUGCCGCGCCAUACGACUACAUCAGUACGGACGCAACGGCUUUCGAGGGCUACUUCGACGAUUACGUGUCCGAGGUCUGGUCAACCUACAGCACCGACCCGCUGAUCAUCAACACCCAAGCUGUUGGAAACAGCUCUUGCACCACCUCAGGCACCACCACAAUGACCUGCACAGGCAGCUCUGUGACCUUCGCCCAGCCCAGCGCCGGCGACAUCUUCGGCUGCGCCACCGGUCCUUUCCUUGUUGAUGGAAACAACUACGAUGCUGCCAUCGUGCCCCGUCUCUGCGCUGCCAUCAACCGGGCCACUUUGUUGUUGUCCGGCGGUGAUUACCAGCCCAGCCUUCCAGUUGCAGACUACUACACCGUCUCCCCAUGCAACUACUACAGCAAGUUUGUGCAUGAGAACGAGCUCGACGGACAAGGAUAUGCCUUUGGCUAUGAUGAUGUCACCCCCGAUGGUGGACAGAAUGUUUCCGGCGAGCUGGUAUCGACUAUCCCUGAGUCCUUGACCAUCACCGUCGGUGGUCCAACGACUGCCUAG